GAAACAGGAAAAACGUUCUGCCAAAAUAAAGUUUGUAUGAACAAUGGAUACUGUGGUUACGAUUACCUGACUUAUUAUUGCGGCUGCACCGGUGGCUUUGGUUCUUUUGAUUGUAGAUCAACGCAAAAUGACUGCUCGUCAAGCAGAUGUCGAGAUGGAAGUACAUGUGUUGACAAAAUUAAUGGUUUCGAAUGUAUCUGCGCUCCAACCCAAAGUGGAGAAUUUUGCGAUAAAAAGUUUGAUCCAUGCUUGAGCAACAGGUGCGAUUCAGGGUCAACCUGCGUUUCUCACGGUAAAUCGUACGACUGCAUAUGUCCACCUGGAAAAACUGGCCCUUUUUGU